AUGAUCACCCGACAGUGUGCGGCCGUGGUCGCUGUGCUCAUGGCAACCACGUCUCUCGCCAGCUCUGUGGUGCGCUUGCCGUUGGUGAUGACGCCGCAUGGCCUCGAUUGGCAAUAUACUGGCAACGUCACUGUCAACGAUACGGUGUACGCCGUUUCGCCCGACACUACGACAAUGUCCAUCACCGUUCCCGGCGUCGCGGCGUCGAGCGCUCUCGUUAUCGACAACGGCAGUGUCGUAGCUACUACAACAUCCUUUGGCACGGACGGUCGUCUCGGCCUCGGUCGCCCGAUCGCCAACACGUCCGGGCUCGUCGGCGUCGACACGUUUACCGUGUACCUUGCCCCGACACACAGCGCGAUCGUGUUCAACGGUCUCGACGACAUCUACCAUACGCAAGCGGCCUUGACGCCUGUCUCGCUGCCGCUUCUUUUGCUGCCGACGCCGACGUGGACAGUCGCCAUGUCGAGUCUUUCGUUCGAAGUUGGUGCACCCGCGCCCGCCUGCGCCAACGCCCUCUGUCCCGUAGCACUCAACGCGACACACCCCACCAUUCAAAUGCCAAAAAGCCUCUUGCUCACCAUGGCGGCGCGGUAUCUCACAGCGUGCGCUAUCAUUGACGGUUUCUAUGUGUGUCCGACCACUGUCGCCUUGCCGACCCUGCGCUUUACACUGGGCAACGCAUCAACCACGUUCCUUCUAACACCAGAGUUGUACUUGGACGCCGGGCGACGACUGCUCUUGAGCGCCGGCGAUGGCACCGAGUGGAUCUUGGGACUUCCAUUUUUCCAGCAUGUUCCGAUCACGUUCUCGAUUGCCGGUCGGUCCGUCACCAUGCACUGUCCGCCGGGUAGCGUCCGAAUGCAGCCACUUGGUGCUACAGCGACAACUUCAGCGUCGGCCUCGGACAACCGAGCCCCGUCGUGGGCGGUGACGCUCCUUCUCGUCGUCUCAGUGCUCAUGCUAGCAGUGAGCGCUUGGUUUAUCAAGGCAUUCCGCGAUCACAAAGUGAGUCUUCAACGCCGCUUCUCGGUCGAGUCGACGUGCCUCGAGAGCCCGUCGUGCAUUCUCGUCACCACGCCGUGA